AUGUGUCGCGCUGGCUCCCAGAGCCUCGAUGACCUUAACCCCGCGAGCAUGAAGCACCCAUCGAGGUCAGCGGGUCUCGAGGUUGCUAUGGCGCUCUUCGGCAUGGUUUGGCUGCUGCGUGUCCGCUCCGAGAUGCGUCGUUGCUCGAAAUGUCGCCACGAGGAGAUGCUCGCUCAGCAGCAGCAGCAGCAACAGCAAAUGCAGCUGCAGCAGCAGCAACAGCAGCACCAUCAUCAUCAUCACCAGCAUCACCAGCAGCAACGCACCUUGUCGCAGGCUACCAGCCUGUUACAGACAAUGUCCGACGACGGUGUCAGCUCUUCCGCCAACACUCUGUUCACGUUGGACACUCCUGGUGCGGCUGGCCCGGCUGGAAGUUACUGCGAAGUGCACGGAUACGUUCAGGCGAAAGAAGAUAUUCAGGAGUUUUACGAGCUGACGUUGCUCGACGAGUCGAAAUCGGUGCAGCAGAAAACGGCGGAGACGAUCCGCAUCGCGGACAAAUGGGAAGCCAGCGACGGACCGAUCACACCGACCUUUGCUCAAAACGACCGUAGUAUCGCCUUCAACGUCGACGAGGGUGGCAGCGGCAGCGGUGGUGAUGGCGAUGGUGCUGGUGGUGGUGAUGGCAAUGGUACUAGUGAUGGUGAUGGUGGUGGUGGUAGUGGUGGUGAAGAUGCCUGCCUGCCUGACUUUGCAGCAUCACGUCACCCGUACACGAAACAACGCCGUUCUCAUCUCGCUUGA